GGCCAGGAUACCUGCGCUGGUUCGGGCGGGAACCGCGUCUCUACUGCUGAGGAAGCGUGGGGCGCGGCCGACAUGUUCCAGGGUGCGGACGGCGAGGUUGGCCGGCCGAGUUCCAGGACCAUGAAGCCCCCAGGAGGAGAAGCAAGCAAUAUUUUUGGAAGUUCAGAGGAAGCAGUUCCUUCAAGCAGGCCUAAUAGAAUGGCAUCUAAUAUUUUUGGACCAACCGAAGGACCUCAGAACAUACCCAAGAGGACAAACCCCCCAGGGGGGAAAGGAAGUGGUAUCUUUGACGAAUCAACUCCUGUGCAGACCCGGCAACGUCUGAACCCACCUGGUGGGAAGACCAGUGACAUUUUUGGGUCCCCAGUCACUGCCACUUCACCCUUGGCACACCCAAACAAACCCAAGGACCAUGUUUUUCUGUGUGAAGGAGAAGCCACAAAAUCUGACCUUAAAGCUGCAACAAGCACCUUGCCCCAAGAAGAACCUGGUGAGAAGGGCAACUCCAGAGCAGACCAUGGGAAAGCACCUGAGCCCACACCUGCAGUGGAUAGCCACGAGCCUAGGCUGGGGCCCCGGCCUCGCUCCCACAACAAGGUCCUGAAUCCUCCAGGAGGCAAAUCCAGCAUCUCCUUCUACUGAGAAGCUCCUGCUUUGCCUAUAGCCAGAGCAGACACUUGAGAGAUAGAGUAUUGAAUGUUAGUGUUUCCUUUAAAGCAAACGUGGGUGGGAGAGGGUUAUUGCACAGGAGGCUGGCUGCUCAGUGGCUUUGUUGCCUUCUUAAGAGCCACACAGAAGACUGCCUUCUAGACUGCUGAGAAACACAUUUAGGGAGAAAAUGGGAUUCUUGGUAUCCAUGCAUUGGUUGUUCUGAAUGGAGCAAAACAAAGAUGGGAGAAGAAAUUUGGCAGGGCCUUCCCUGUCCUGGUUGGUCCUUGGCUGGUCAGGCAUCCAGGAAUGGAUAUAAGAAAACUCAAACAACCUGUCUGUCUCUAGGGGGUGGGGUGGGGUGGGGUGAAACGUAAAUAGAAACACUAGGAAGCUGGUGGUCUCUCUGCCUUAAACAUUCCCUGGUAGGAAGUGCUACCACCAGAAUGGCCUUCCCUUCCAAGAUUACCAGCAAACCCCAACACCUUUCCAAUGUAUUUUCCUGCAGUCUUCUUGAACCAUCUUGUUUUUUCUUGACAGCAGUCAACAAAAGCCAGUCUCAGUCUCCUGCUUUGUGGAAGAUUUUUACACACUAAUUCUCUUGAGUUGUCCAUUCCUGAAUCUAAAACAAUGGCCCAGUCUCACAUACAAAUCUGUGGGGGCUGGUUCUGCUCCUUGUCAUGACAGGUUUACUUCUAGAUUGUUCUUUGUGUUUGUCUCAUCAACCCUAAGUCUAGGCCUCCUCUCCACAGUUCUUUCUACACAAGACCCCCUAGCCUCUGCAGGACUGAAAAACCAGAUACUUCCAAGUACUGGUCUUAAUCAGUUUUCUUCCUUGCUUUGUUCUGUAGUUGAUGGGGAAAAGACAUGCUUGAGAACCUUGGGUUUGUAGGUUCGUUUCUUUAAUAAUACCUGAAAAAUUGUUUUUAAAUAUCAGCUUCUCAUAUAUGCCUAUACACUCCAUUUCUAACAUCUGGGAGCAGGAGGAGUUCUAACAUCUGGGGGCAGGCACACCAAAGAAGAAAAGGAGCUUUUCCAGCCACCUGUGGAAAGCUCAAAAACCUCUGGACCACAUUCACAAAUUCUGCUCCUUUGGCCAGGAUGUUAAAUAUCCUGCCAACAAAGGUAGUGGGCCUGCGCAAGUUGUGUUGCAUCUUCUGCCUGCUAGAGAUCUCUGCGCAGCCCAGAAGGGCUGCAGCCUCCAUUCCCCCACUUCCCUGAAUAACAGUUAACAGGAGACACUCUGGGUGCUGCUAUUGCUCCUGUCUGCAAAGCUCAUGCCAAAUUCCAGGUGUCCUUGUCAUUAUUAAGCUUAACAAAAGUAACACCUUGUAUAGUCACACUCAUGUUUACUUAGCUUCAUAAGUGCCUGCAGGAGCUCUAUUUGCUAUUACUGACCUAUUGAGAGGUCUGCAUGGGGCUUUGUCAACCAAAGAGUUUUUACCCACUUCAGUUGCCCUGCAGACUCUGGAGCCAAGAAACAAGUAUUUCAUGUGAUUGUAAGAUUGCAAAUGGGUUCUAGUUAAAAUCAUUUAUAAGGAUGUCCUUUCAAAUUCAGGGCAUUUUUUUUCCCUGUUUAAAAGAAAUUAAAUGAUUCUUAACUUUUUAAAGCCAAAACACAGUAACUUGUUUAACUUACCAGCAAGUACUCUGAUGGUAGCAAUGAACCUUUUUGUGACUGUUUUCUUUAUGAGAAUUUUACUUGUGAACUCUGAGUCGGAUUGCGAAGAAGAAAUCCAACAUUAAUUACUGUGUUGAUCCAGUGGAAGAUAAUCCAGUCAUAGGGACUUCUGGAUGAAGGGGAACCUACAGCAGCAGCCCAAAUAUCCUCAACUCCCUGGGCAGCAGAGUGUCCUGCCUUACUUUCCCUUCCUCUUGUCUUCCUGUGAGGCUGUGGGUUGGGCUUAGAGCCUAAGCAGUGUAAAGGAUCAGCUGAGGCCUGUGGGUGAGGUUAUCAUUUGCAUGGGGCCUCUGGAAUGCCUGUGUAUGGAUGAAUACUGUUCUCACAUCCUUGUUACAUUGAGAAAUUACUAGUUUGUAUUUUUAAGCCUUAAAACUUCUUUUAAGUGCAUUUGGUGCCAACUUUUUUUCUACAGCCGUAUAAAAACCUGUCCUCACAUCACAAUGCAAUUUUGAUAGGAACAUUUUAUUUUUAUGAAGUAGAAUUGGAUAUAAUUGAAUUAAACUUAGUAACCAUGUA